GGUGUACCCCAAAGCCUGGGGCGGGGCAGUGCCCCCGAGGACGCCCUCCGGAGGUGGCGCGGCGAGUGCCGAGGCCGCCGCAGGCGGGGGGCCCGUGGAGGCCCGCCGGGCCCCCGCUGUGCGCAGCCCGAGGGCCUGCCAGUCCUUCUCUCGCGGCGGCCACCGAGAAGGCCUGGGAGGGCGGGGCAGUGGCGCGCAGCGCUGCAGUUCUUCCGCGAGGCGUCUCGACUGCGUUCCGGCGUCGGCCCGGGCGGUUACAUUGCGACGGUCAGCGCAUGCAGCGCAGGCAGGCAGUGGGAGCGGGCCUUGGCGCUGCUGCGCGAGAUGUGGGAGGCGAGCUUCGAGCCCAACGUCGUCAGUUAUAGCGCUGGGAUCAGUGCCUGCGAGAGGGGCGAGCAGUGGCAGCGGGCUUUGGCGCUGCUCAGUGAGAUGCGGGAGGCGAAGUUGGAGCCCAACGUCAUCUACAACGCCGGGAUCAGCGGGUGCGGGAACGGCGAGCAGUGGCAGCGGGCCGUGGCGCUGCUCGGCGAAAUACGGGAGGCGGAGUUGGAGCCCGACGUCAUCAGCUACAACGCUGCGAUCAGCGCUUGCGUGAAGAGCGAGCAGUGGCAGCGGGCUAUGGCGCUGCUCAACAAUACGCGGGAGGCGAACUUAGACCCCUGCGUCAUGAGCUACAGCGCUGCGAUCAGCGCUUGCGUGAAGGGCGAUCAAUGGCAGCGGGCGUUGGCUCUGUUGUGUGAUAUGCGGGAGGCGAAGUUGGAGCCCAAUGCCAUUAGCUACAACGCUGCGAUCAGCGCGUGUGGGAAGGGCGAGCGGUGGCAGCGGGCUUUGGCGCUGUUCGGGGAGAUGCGGGCGGCGAAGUUGGUGCUGAGCGUCAUCAGCUACAGCGCUGGGCUUAGUGCUUGCGUGACGGGCGAGCAGUGGCAGCGGGCUUUGGCGCUGCUUGGCGAGAUGCGGCAGGCGAAGCUGGAGCCCAGCCGCCAUCAGCUACAACGCUGGGAUCAGUGCUUGCGGGACGGGCGAUCAGUGGCAGCGGGCUUUGGCUUUGCUCAGCGAUAUGUGGGAGGUGAAGCUGGAGCCCAGCGUCAACUCAGCUACAAUUCUGCGAUCAGCGCGUGCGGGAGGGUCGAGCAGUGGCAGCGGGCUUUGGCGCUGCUUGGCGAGAUGCGGAAGGCGAAGCUGGAGCCCGGCCUCUAUGUCAGCUACUGCGCUGGGAUCAGCGCAUGCGAGAAGGGCGAGCAGUGGCAGCGGGCUUUGGCGCUGCUCGGCAAGAUGUGUGAGGCGAAAUUGGAGCCCAGCGUCACGAGCUACAGCGCUGCGAUCAGUGCGUGCGAGAAGGGCGCGCAAUGGCAGCGGGCUUUGGCGCUGCUCAGGGAGAUGUGGGAUGCAAAGCUGGAGCUCCAUGUCAUCAGCUAUAGCGCUGCGAUCAGCGCGUGCGAGAAGGGCGCGCAGUGGCAGCGGGCUCUGGCGCUUCUUGACGAGAUGCGGGAGGCGAGGUUAAAGCCCAGCGUCAUCUCCUACAACGCUGGGGCCAGCGCCUGCGAGAAGGGCGCGCAGUGGCGGUGGGCUUUGGCGCUGCGCAGCGAGAUGCGGCAGGCGAAGUUGGAGCUCGACGCCAUCAGCUACGCCGCUGGGAUCAGCGCGUGCGAGAAGGGCGCGCAGUGGCAGCGGGCUCUGUCUCUGCUUGGCGAGAUGCGGGAGGUGAAAUUGGAGGUUGACGUCUCUGCUACAACGCUGGGAUCAGCGCGUGCGAGAGAGCUGUGCAGUGGCAGCGGGCCUUGGCGCUGCUCAGCGAGAUGUGCGAGGCGAAGUUGGAGCCUGACGUUAUCAGCUACAGCGUCGUGGUCAGUGCGUGCGGUAAGGGCCAGCAGUGGCAGCGGGCGCUGGCGCUGCUCAGCAAGAUGUGGGAGGCGAAGCUGGAGCCCCAUGUUAUCGCUACAGCGCUGCGAUCAGCGCGUGCCGGACGGGCGAGCAGUGGCCGCGGACCUUGGCGCUCUUGAGCGAGAUGCGAGAGGCGAAGUUAGAGCCCGAUGCCACCAAUCUACAGCCUCGGGGUGGGCGCGUGCGAGAAAGGCGAGCAGUGGCAGCGGAUCCUGGCGCUGUUUGGCGAGAUGUAAGGUCAUGAGUGGACUAUCAGCUACACUGCUGCUUGCAUCAGCGCGUGUGAGAAAUACGAGUGCGGCAAAAGGCUGUAUCGUUGCUCAGCGAGCUGUGCGAGACGAGUUUGCAGCUCGAUGGCGACAUGCGGCGACAUCCCUAACGUUUGGGUCAACGCAUGCGAGAAAUCCAAUUGUCUUGACCCUGGAGGUUGGUUGCGUCAUGAUCCGAGCAGGGGAGCUCUCCUGGUAG